AUCUGUUCCCAGAUCUGUUUCCCGAUGACUGGUCACUGGUGGAAUACACUCAGUGGUGGAACGUUGCGGAUGAAUUCGAAAAAUGGCUGCUGCGUUGAACGGAGUUAGGAAAUGGGCAGGCAAUCUAGUUUUUCCCAGUGGCCAGAAAUCAGAUGGACUGAAAGCCCAUCAGAAGGUUAAUUCAACUGAGCUUUUUCCCUACACUCGACCCUCAUUCCUUGGUUUGAGUAAAGAAGCUGCCAAAGCAUCAGCAGAUCAUGAAAUACGACCAAUACUUGUCGCUCAAAGAGAAUUACCAUUGAAUGCAGGUUAUUCCGAAACAAUCAAUGCAGGGAAGACCUAUUUAGUCAACGAAGAUCAAGCAUUUGCAGAAUUAUUUUGCUUACAUGUAAUAAGUAUUGAUGAGAAACCAAAAGAAGAUACAAUUACAAAACUUCCAUACUGGUGUUUUGGUAUAUUUGACGGCCACGCAGGAGCAGGUGCGGCCUUGGCAGCUGUCAAUCAACUUCAAGAUAUAAUUCAUGAGAAACUACAUGAAAUUCAAGAUGUGAUUGUUUGUGAGGAGAAAAAUUAUGGAAAACUGCCAGUAUUACAAGGAGUUGUUGCUCCUACAAUAGACUUUGAAGCUGUUAUCACUGGAGCAUUGGAACAAUCGUUUUUAGAUAUGGAUAAUCGCAUAAAUAAGGAUAGAAGUCUUCAUAAAAUUACUGGUGGAUGUACUGCAGUUGUUUCAUUGUUUAUGAAGAAUAAAUUAUUUCUUGCCAAUGCUGGUGAUUCCAGAGCAAUUAUAUGCAAAGAUGGAAAACCAAUCCCGGUGACAAAAGAUCAUACUCCUGAGACUGAUCGCUGUCGACUUCAAGUCCUGGCUGGAAUGAAACCACAUUUGUUGGGAAAUGAGUUCACUCGUUUAGAAUUUCAGCAAAAACCUCGUCGAAAACACAUUGGAAAGAAACUUUUCUUUAGAGACCGAAAUAUGACCGGAUGGGCAUUAAAAAAUAUAACGGAGGAGGAUGUCUUUAAAACACAAAUGAUAUCUGGCAGUGGAAAAUCGGCUCGUCUUCUCGAAACAAUUGGAACAACAAGAGGAUUUGGAGAUUUUGAUUUAAAAGCUUCGUACACGGGCAUUCCAGUCAAACCCUUUUUGACUCCUGAACCAGAGGUGACAAUAUACGAUUUAUCGAAAGAAACAAUAAAUGAGAAUGAUGUUCUCAUCAUGGCGACUGAUGGAUUAUGGGAAAGAGUAUCUAAUGAGAAGGCAUGUAAAAUUGUCCAAAGCACCUUCACACAUUGCGACGUGCACGAGAAAAGAAGAUAUAGUGUAGCUGCACAAAAUCUCGUGAUGGCUGCUCGAGGUCGCAAUACGCAACGUGGGUGGAGAAUAUCCAGAGAUGAAAUCAAUUUUAAUGACAAUGUAGAAUUGAAGGCUACCGAUCCUGCUUCAUAUGAUGAUAUUUCAGUAUUUGUUAUCCCGCUUUCUAAAAAAUUCCAAGAACAACCGGAAACUGUUCAAUACCCUGUGCAUUCAAUACCGGCGGAAACACGAUCGUCAAACGACAAUGGAAUGAAUGAAGUCGUUUCCAAUUUAGAGACGAACGGUAAUUCAACAUUUCGUCUUAGUUAACUAUAGUGUUCUCAGUAUAUUCUCAGUAUAAAAACAUAGUAAUAUACGCAGUAUUGUACAGUUAUGAAGCGAAGGAUUUCUACCUACAUAUUUUUAUAUAAUACUAAGCAUCGGUAGACUAAAUCGACCAUGCUGCAAAGUCCGGUAUACACAAUAGGCUAUGUUGUUUCCUGACAUGCAACAUCAAGAAAAUGUCGGCUUCUGCCGUUGAACGGUUGGGGCGUCACAUUUUGAAUACUGCAGUUUUGAAUACUAUUGAU